CUUACAGGACUUGAAAGAGAUGUCCAUUUGAGUCUGUAAGGUACUCACUUCACAACCAUUCACGCCAGAAGAAAUCAACAUGAAGCAUUUCAAGUAUAUCUUUUUUGCUGUACUUAUCACCAUCAUUCAGCAUUGUAAGGCCCAGUCCUGUAUCGUAGAUUCUAUGAAAGUGAAGGAGGACUUUGAUAUAAAAAGGUAUGGAGGAAAAUGGUACGCCGUUGGGAAGAAGGACCCUGAGGGCCUCUUCCUUCAGGAUAAUAUCUCUGCAGAAUACACAGUAGAUGAAGAUGGCACAAUGACUGCAUCAUCAAAAGGCAGAGUUAAACUUUUUGGGUUCUGGCUCAUCUGUGCAGAUAUGGCUGCUCAAUACUCAACACCAGACCCAACCAUUCCAGCUAAAAUGUAUAUGACCUAUCAGGGUUUGGCUAGUUAUCUAUCAAGUGGAGGCGACAACUACUGGGUAAUUGACACGGACUAUGAUAACUAUGCAGUCACCUAUGCCUGCCGUACUCUCAAAGAUGACGGAACAUGUAACGAUGGCUAUGCCAUUAUAUUCUCACGCAAUCCCCGUGGAUUUUCUCCAGCUAUUACAAGGAUUGUGCGUCAAAAACAAGAAGAAAUGUGCAUGGCUGGACAAUUUCAACCUGUCCUCCAAACCGGAGCCUGCUAGAGUACUAGAUUCUCAGGAACAUUCCUCUUCUUGAUUACGGAAAGAACGAACCUGGACUUGAAUGAACAUUAUAAAAGAAAUGCACAACUUUUUCACAUCCCAAGGAAAUGUUAAGUGUAUUUUUUCUGAGUGCAAUUACGUGUCUAAAUGUGAUCUUCAUAGAAAAUGUUUAAUUGUAUUUCAUGUACUUCAUUUAAAUAUGUUGCAAUUAUUUUUCAUAUGUUUU